GUAGAGGGCAGUAUACAACGCGACCGUCGAUCGCGAUAAGAUCGAUCGGAUUUUGUUGCAGGUAAACAUAUGUGAAAGUGUAAGAAUGACAUGACGAGGUAAAUUGUCAAAGGAAUGGAGUUUCUAGAGAGUCUACGUCGUUUGGAAGAAGAUGUCGAGAAUUAUAAUGACUUCGAGCAAUUACCUGUACAUAAUGCCUUGGAGAGAAGGUUCAGAAACACCCUGUAUUUGGGAAAGUCUACCGAGGGGAUAUCAUUGCCUGUAGCUGAUGUUGCUGUUGAUCUGUUCCAGAAUGCUGCAGAGAAGAAUCUGGGCACGUUUACACGUCGCCAUGUUGCCAAGUUUAAUCGAAAUGGACAGAUAAACCCUUCGUCUUCCAUGCUGGGUAUGAUGUACGCUCGUCGUCUCAAACGACAGAAAUCUUCCUACCUCCAGAAAGUAACUUCCACUGAACUCUUCCUGGUUUCCAUGAUGCUGGCUACUAAGUUUCUCUAUGAUGAAGGUGAAGACGAGGAAAUAUUCAGUGAUGAAUGGGCGGAUAGUGCUAAAAUUGAUGUUAAAAGGGUUAAUGAACUGGAACGAGACUUUCUGGAAGCGAUUGACUGGGACCUGUACAUCAAACCAGAUGAAUUCUUUGAGUUCUUACAACAAAUGGAAACAUGGAUCGCCUUAAAUGAGGGACGUCGGAGAGGUUGGUUUUCCUACUCGGAUUUCAAUGUACUGAUGGAGCAUAGAGAUUGGUAUACCACCAUUUCUCAGCUGCUUGACCAGUCUUUGAAGAUGAUUGGUAUGUGUCUGGCUGCAUACUCCUUGUGUAGUGCCAUCGUCUGUUGGUCAGUUCUGCUCAUGCAGCACCACUCUGCAGUUCCAGGAAUGGCACCGGCUUCGGACAACUACAGUCAUGUGUUCCACGGAGUUCGCCCUCUCAAGGCAACCCAGGUUUCAUCUCACCAGAGCGAGAUCAUGCUGCCACCACCCAAUGUGGUCCACUCUGCUUCCGACCAAUCGUCAGCACCCUCUGAGCUAUCCCCUUGUCCGAAUUGCAGGCAGUGUUGCUGUAACCUUGAUCAGGAUCACCUCGACUCUCGAAGAAUGGCUGACGGCAAUACCUCUCCUUGCCACCUCCAAGGUAAUGAAAAGCUGGAGCCUUUAAGUUGUCAGCAAUGUCUUACCAGAGAAUUCAAGGAUGACUAUUGGUUACGGACUAAGGUAGAUGAUGUUGGCCAGGCUCUGAUUUCAUUCUACCAUGCCCUUCUUGUUGCUUACCACGACACAUCUGCGAUUCUCUCCAACAACAGUGAUCCAGGAAGUCCGAUGAAAAGUCGCUCACACCAGAUCAACCGCUCCGCAACUCAAGGACAGCGCACUUCGACUCCAACCCCGUCAGAAUAUCUUCCGGACGUUAAAUGUCCUCUGUUGUCAAGACGUCAAGGCAUGAAGAACCCUAAGGAUUCAGACAUGGACUCGGAAUCCAACCUUGCUUCCAAGAAGCAGUGUUCUGUUUGUGAUGGCAUGGCCAAGCGCAAGACACUGCAAGAGAGAAUUCAUACGCUGCUACCAAAGUCGAUUGUGGAGACUGCAGUAACGGCAACUACCGGAACAAUUCCUCUUAUUACAGCAUGAUGCAUUUCCCAUAACUUGGAAUAUGAGGUUCAAGAAAUUUCAACAGCGAUGGCUUGAAACUACUAAUAUAUCACUGGUGAAAGGCAAAUAACCCAGAACCUAUAAAUACCAACACAAAUUGUUAUUCCCAUUCAAUGCAUUAGAAUUACAGACAAUUCUUGAUAUGCAAACAUUGCCAAGGUAGCAUGUAAAAAUAAUAUUUUUUCUUGCUAUGACACAACCAACUUGGUAAUCUUGAGAAAGUUUCCUUGAGAUAAGAAUAAUUGGGGUAAUGUCUCACUGUCUUACAGUGGUUUUAACAGGUACUGUUUGUGUUUCUAUCCCUCAUGCUGCAUGGCGAAUUCGGUCCCCAAUUGCAUGCCUAAAUGAAACUUGUUGAGUUUAAAAUCAGUACUUCAAUAAUAUAUGGUUGGAAGGAUCAUAUAAUUUUAAGAAAAUUGUGGCUACUUAUCUAUAGCAAGGAAGAUUUCUGUUAAAAAAUGGCCAUUCUCUUGAGUACUUUUACUUCCACCCCUGAUUAUCUAACUUCUUAGAUUAAUCCAUGUGGGGUUUGAAUUGUUUUGUUGGAGUACAUGCCUUAUACUUAUGUAUUUGGCAUAUUCUGCAUGUAGUUGAAUAGCCUUUUGUAAUUUUGUUGUGUUUAGCUCCACAGUCUACAACCCAAUGAUAUCCACAAGAAUGUUAAACGGAUCCUAAAUAUAGUAUACUAGUACCCUUAAAUUCCAAGAUUCUUCAAAGCAUGGGUUUCACAACACCAUUGAUCUACAACUGACUCAUCACUCUUCAUACAAUACAAUCUCUGGCAUGAAUGAAAAUAAAGGAGACCCAUUCUGAUAUUUUCUUUCAUAAAAUUGGUAUUAUUUUACCAUCGGUAUUAUGGUGUGUGUAUUAACUGUAUACUUCAUUACUGGUGUGUUACAUGUAUGUUGCUUUUUAGUUAUGCCUUAUUUAUUCAUUUGUCAUGAAGCAUGACCUGUUACCUAUAUAAUCCUAUUAGUUUUCUACUUGCUGUGCUAUGUCUAUUUAUUAUUUAGGGAUAUCAGAGUUCACGGCAGUCAACUUGCAGUUGCAGUGGAGCAAAGGUGUGAUUGCUGAAGUGGUGGUGUUUUCCUCUAUACAAAGCAUGUGUAUUGAUUGAAAGUAUAGGGAGGGUGAGGGAAAGAAAAACUGUACUCCGUGGAGGUGACUACAUGUAUAUCUAGGUGCUUAUACCACAGAAGCUACACAGUUAAUACUUGGUACAUUAAGUUAUGAAAGCUUUAUUUUCCUUUUUUCCUUGGCAAAGUCUUGUCAUGUCAGGCUAACAUGGCCAGCCAGCCUGGAUUUUUUGUUUAUUACAGCUUUCUUAUACAUUUAGUGCUAGCAAAAGCUAUAUGUACUGAUUUUAAUCUGUAACUUAUUAACUGCAAUACUAUGAACUGUCACUGCUCUGUACGCUUGUGCAGAUAAUUAUAGAAACCCCUCAACAUUGCUUAAACUGCUUUAAUAGGUAAAGAGUGUUUUUUUCUUAUUUAAUUUAUACUUCAUGAUAGCUCCAUGAAUAAUACUCAUUACUAUAAUAAUAAAUAAUGAAUGUUUAUGAGUGCAAUGGACAGAAUACUUCAUGACGUGAAAGAUGACAUGAUCCAUUCAAAGAGGCGUAGUCGAGUUGAAUGGAUCAUUAUUUCAUCUUUCACCGAAUGAAGUAUUCUGUCCAUUGCAAGAAUGAAAAAAAAAUCAUUAUUUGGUUUAUAUGACACCUAAUUUUUUUCAUAUGAAAUUCAUGAAUUUCGAUGCAAAACAUGCUCAUGCAGUGCGAGUUUGGUCUGUUGAUUGUUACGUCAUUACAACAUGCGCACUGCUGGUGCAUGAGCUGCAGUCUCGGUGCGCGAGUGCAAUAGACAAAACUGUGUGGAUCCAAAAUUGCACGGUUGAUGACGUCAUUGCAAAAUGGGCUGAAUUAACGAUAUCAAACAACCAAUCAAAUCACAAUGAUCUAUCUAGGUGUCAUAUAAUUAAUUUUCACCCAUUAUCAUUAGGUUUUGUCAAGGAUAAUUAUAUCAAAAUUGUUUUCAUCAUGCCUUCUGAUAACAACACUCACAAUUUAUUAGUGGAUGCCCUCAAUUAUAUCUUUAAUUAUCUGAAAUGAAGCUUUCUUUCAGACACUCCUUGGCUGACUAAUCUUGAUGUAUUAGUCUUAGCCAGGAGUCAAUUAUAUUUAAAUUGUUGACACAAGUUCCACUUUAUGGAGACUAAAAGAAUCAGCUACGGCUUUGAAUUCCAGAUAUAAAUUAUUCGUUCAAAUAGUCUACAUUAUUCAAUGUUCUUUUGGACAAAGAGCAUAUCAAGUCGCAAAUCCUGUUGAUCUUACAUAUAUGUGGUGAAGAUGUAGGGAUGAUUAUUAUAUUCUAUAAUUAUUAGUGAAUGCCUAGUUAUUGGCUUUCAGAAAUAUAUCCUUCCUAUGGCAUGUUUUUUUUACGGUAUUCAUUAGAACAUGAACAAUGUUCAUGUUUGUGUACAGAAAAGGGCAUUGUAAACAAACCAUCAGUAUUUUUAACAGAGUACAUUAUACAUGUAUUACUGUGUUUCUCUGAAUCAUGUACAUCUUAUAAGAAGAUUUCGAGGACAUUUGCUCAACCAGCAAGUACUCCAAAUCAUGCUUACAUUUGAGCGCUAUAUAAAAAAAAUAUUAUUAUUAUUACAAUGAUUUGACGUGUAAAAUAAUUCCCUUCUGGAAAGAGGUUGACAAUAGUUGUAAUGACUGCUGGGUAGUUUAGGCUUCUGGUUCGUAUAUUGGUUUGCGUAAAUUGAAAAUAUUCAUCUCAAGCCACGUAUGAAACCCAAACUCACUCUGAGUGACCUGAAUCAUAAUCCCUAUCAGCUGGACAGGGAAAGUGAUUACCUGAACAAUUUUGCGAUAUUUCCACAAUAUGCAGGUGUGAUGUUCUUCUUUGCAUAAAAAUCAUACUUCAGAUAAUUUCUUGUUCCAUGCACUUUCAUGUAUUAUCAUGCUGAAUAAGACUACCAUAUGCAAAA